AUGCGGGGCAGGGACUGUGAUAGUUCAGAGCAUGGCAGUCCCUCGUACCCUGAAGCAGCUGAAGGGACUGGAAACGUUUCGGGUUUGGAGAACCCUCCCAUGUCUCUUCAGGUCUUGGGUCUUACCAAAUCGAUCGGCGACGGUGACAAGUCCAUCAAUGAUGUCUACCUCGAAGGGGCAGCCGUCAGUCCGGAAUUCCCUUGCUGA